UCUCUUCACCAAGAUGUACGAUUUUAGAGUGAGAGCUGGCAACAGAUAUUCUAUAUCUUAUAUAAUAUUAACCUAAUUAAACUGCAGGCUGCUCCCCUGGUGCCUGUUAGAGAGGAGACAUGUACAAGAUUUUACUGGAAAUGAUUCACAUAAGCUUUUUCUCAUGAGAUGACUGUUUUUUAGAUGACUGUUUUAAGGUUAUUUUGUCACAAAUCAUUGUCUGGUAUACAGACAAGCUGAAUUAAAAGGUACGAAUCCAGACUGUGUGAUUCAUGUCCUCUUGUAUUUUAUACAUCUGUUUUGACCCAAAGGAGAAAGGACUACCUGGAGGAUUCCAAGUACUUCAUGGAUGUGGCUUUACUGGCUGCAAAGAGGAGUAAAGACCCCAAUACUCAGGUGGGCGCCUGUAUAGUGAACCAGGAGAAUAAGAUCGUGGGGAUCGGUCAUAACCGGAUGCCAAACGGCUGUGAUGAUAAGCUGACAUGGGACCGCGAUAGAACUAAAGAUAAUAAACAUCUCUACGUGUGCCACGCAGAGCUGAACGCCAUCAUGAACACUAACGGUGCGGAUGUGAAAGGAUGCAGCAUGUACGUGACUCUGUUUCCCUGCAACGAGUGUGCCAAGCUCAUCAUCCAGGGAGGUAUAAAGGAAGUGAUUUAUCUCUCUGAUAAGUCCACUAAAAUGAAGUACAUAGCCUCCAGAAAGAUGCUGGAGAAGGCAAAUAUUGAGCUCAGCAACUGCCUCGCCACUAUAUUGCGGUUCGUUGAGAUAGCCACGAACAUCCAAUUUGAGCACCUCAGUAAAAUCUUUAACCUCAAGUAA